CUAUUGAUGCAUUCACUCAACGCACAAGCCCCAGAGAAGCCGGUCCACUUAGUUCCUAACGAUCCGCUAAAUUUAACUCGCGAAAAUGAUGAAGUACCUCGGUCUGCUGCUCAUUGCGAGCUGUGUGUUAAUUGUGCGCGGAGGUGUUAUCGAGAUAGAAGUUCCUCAGGAGAUCACUGAGGGCCCUGAGAAUGAGUCUAAAAACUCAGUGGAAGCAGAGCCACCAAACAACAGUGAAAACAACUCAACUCUGAAGCUGGUUCACGUGCUAUUCCGCCAUGGGCCCCGAACACCCGUCACCACCUAUCCCACAGAUCCGUAUAUCAACGAAACCUUCAUGCCCUACGGAUGGGGCGCGCUCACGAAUGGUGCUAAAGUGGAGCUGUAUAAAAUAGGCAAACAACUGCGUCGACGCUAUAAAGAUUUCCUGCCUGCCUACUAUCAGCCCGAAGUGAUCCGUGCCCAAUCUUCGGAGUCGCCGCGUACAAUGAUGUCCCUGCAAAUGGUCUUGGCCGGACUCUUUCCCCCGGAGAACACUCCCAUGGAAUGGAACCUGAUGCUCAACUGGCAGCCCAUUCCCAUUAUGAUGGAACCAGAGGAAACCGAUGUGCGCAUAAGAAUGAAGGCCCCCUGUCCUCGAUACGAUGAGGCGGUUUUGGAGGUGAUAAACCUUCCCGAGGUUAAACAGCUGCACGCCGAGAACUCUGAAUUGCUUCAGGAACUGACUAAUCUCACUGGGCUCAAUGUUACCCACACCCAUGAUGUUACCAAUAUAUUUAUCACACUGCAAUCGGAGCAAGCUUACGGCCUGGAGUUGCCCUCGUGGACCAAGGACUACUAUCCGGAGAAGAUGUUACCCCUAGCCGGAAAGUCUUACGUCUACGAUGCAUAUACGACCGAGUUACGCAAAAUGAAAGGAGGCUUCUUCUUAGAGCUCCUUUUAAAGCAGUUGCAGGACAAGAUCUCUGGAAAGACACGACCCAAGGAUCGCAAGAUGUUCCUUUCCUGCGGACACGACUGGACCAUCACAAAUGUGCUUUCUGCCUUGAAUGUUUGGGAGGCUCUGAUGCCACGAUUCUCAGCUCUAAUAGCCUUUGAGUUGCAUCAGAAUUCAAAAACAGGAGAGUAUUUUCUGGAGAUCUUCUUCCAGAACGAUCCCGAAAAAGAGCCGCAGCAGUUACAGAUUCCUGGCUGUGAAAAACAGUGUCCCAUUUCGAAGUUAUUGGAACUAACCAAGGAUAUAAUUCCUGAUGCUCCCUAUGAAGAACUGUGCAAAGCAAAGGGAACUCUAGAGGGAGCUAAGAUCAGCUAUAAUUACUAAGGAAUCCCGUGAUUAAUAAUCCAGUAUGCAGUAUUAAUGAUAAUAAAGAUAUACUUAUAUGUGAAACUA